GCCAGUAAACCAAGAAGAAGAACAGUAGACGUUGAAUAGUUUCAGUUUUUAUUGCGCAUUUAAUGUGUACGUGGUUAACAUUAGGAAAAACGACAGGAGAAAAUAACAGAUAUAUACGUCCGCCAUGUUUGUAAGAUGCUGGGUCAUUUAUUUAUUUCUUCAUCUGAUAGACAAAGUGUCUCUGCAAAACCAAGAUGAAAAAGUAUAUGGUGUUGUUGGAGGCUCUGUCAUCUUGCCAUGUUCAUUCAAGGAAAGAGUGCUAAAGCCAGAUGAAAUUAAUGUAUUUUGGAGAUACAAUGACAGCAAGAUUGUUUGCGAUAUUGAAAAAGGCAAUUUCUCAACAAUAGACCAGGAUGUGUUAUUCAAAGAUCGAAUAGAAAGUGUUUCCUCACAGUACGGGAAUGGAGACUUCUCUAUUAGACUCAAACAUCUGAAAUUAACAGACAAUGGCGUGUUCUCCUGCUUUUUCACAGACAAGCCAAAAAUACUAAAGCUACAAGUAAACGAGACUGCUCCAGCACCAACCAACUCUUCUAUGAAAGCACAGCCAGCAGGGAUUGUAACAUUUCUGUUGGGCUGUAUCUGUGUUUUGUUAGAGUCCUUUGUUGCUAAACUUUGGUGCAUGUAGCUUUCUUACAGGUGUUGUUGCUUUACAACACAAUGAUUAAAUUUAACAGCUUAAAGCCCUAUUCAUAUCUACAUUAAAGGAACACUCCACUUUUUUUUUGAAAAUAAAACUUUUUUUUAAUAAUCAGGGAACUAUGCUGCCAUACCAUGUGUGCAGCAGGCGCAAUGUUAUUAUUAUUAUUACGUCGGAAUGAUAGUAUAGUUCCUAGACAUGUCGGUCUAGAAAAUCACCACUUUUCAUUUUCCGUCAGUCUUAGUACACAAUGUAACUACAGAAGUGUCAAGUUUUAAAUAGGAAAAAUAUUGAAACUCUUUGGUCAUUUUUGAGCGAGAGGCUAAUGGUCUAAUCAGAUUCAAUGAUCUAUGCUAAGCUAUGCUAAAAGUGCUACCGCCAGACCGGCAAUCAGCUGAAUGGAAUAAAAAACGGUAAAACUCAACUGUUU